GUCGAAGACUACUAAAUUGGCGGGAGAGGAAAAGGCGGGACUUAAGCAAAUACCUCUGACGAAUCAGCGCGCUUACAGCUCAGGCCAGGCGGAAGCACAUGCUAACAGCGGAAGAAAAGGAAAAAAUGGCAGCCACGCUCGCGGCACCCGUCGCCCACGCGGACCACGAGGCUGACCGCUGUACGAGCGAGGAGGAGAAUCGUGCGGCCGAGGCGCUGGAGGAAGGCGUUCAGCAGCAGGCGACGGGCCCCGCGGCAGCCGUGGGCCACAACCGGCUGUCCAAGCUACCGCUUACCCGCAUCAAGGCCUUGAUGAAGACUGACCCAGACGUGUCCCUCGCCAGCCAAGAAUCUGUCUUCAUCAUCGCUAAAGCCACGGAGUUGUUUGUUGAGAUGAUCGCAAAAGACGCUAUGGUAUAUGCUCAGCAAGGCAAAAGAAAGACAUUGCAAAGAAAAGACCUGGACAACGCAAUCGAGGCCAUAGACGAAUUUGCAUUUUUAGAAGGCACGUUAGAUUAAAUGGUUCCUCAGGAGAUGGAAGCACCAAAUUGAAACCAUCCAAUAAACUGUUUUUAUUUUUA